GUUUAUCUCUGCGCGCGUACGUACGUACGUUAUAGGUUAAUGUGCAUUGUGCAGAUCUUGAGGCUGAUACCUGAUCAAAAUAAAAAUAAAAAUUUGUGACCUGUUUUGGUAUAUUUCUAACUGAAUAAGAAGAUUUUACAAGAUGCCAGAUAUCAGCACAGCAAGCAUAGUUGCAGAUUAUCUACGUUACAGACUGCAAUGUUUGGGAAAUGGUGUUGAUGCAGAGGAAAAUGAUUGCUUGUCAACCAUCAUGUCAUCAGUCGAAAAUGUUCCAGAGGAUCUUCAUGAAGCCAUCGUAAAUCUCUCCGAAAAACUCAUGAAUGACUACAGAGAUUCUUUCAGUGAUAUGCCAAAUCAACUGAAAAUUACUGAAAAUACUAUCAGUUCGACAUUUAAGGCCGUUACAAGUGAGCUUUUUGUAGAUGGUGUUAUUUCUUGGGGACGAAUUGUAGCAUUUUUCUCUUUCGGAGGAGCCCUGUGCGAGUGGUGUCAAGAGAAGGACAUCCCCCGGGCGUUCCCCACGGUUGAAGAGCUGAUGGUCGCCUACAUCAAUUCUCAUCUCAUCACAUGGAUUCAUGCGAAUGGCGGAUGGGAUGGCUUGGUGGAUUUCUACAAGCAUCUCUCUCAUUCAUCCCUGGAUGACUCUGCUCUCACCAACGGAGUCUGGAGUGGGAAACAGCUUGUCGGCGUGGCAACGCUAGGUAUCCUGACAGUCGGUGCAUUCUUCUUCCGAUCGUGAGGAUUUGCUUUCAAGCAGCCUGCAACCUCAGGCAAUU